AGCGCAUGGACUGAAGCGCAUGGACUAAACGCACUAAUUAGAUGGUCUUUUUUGAAACACAGCCUUUGUCUUUGUCAGAGUCUCGGAUCUAGCACCUAUAUCGACCCGUUUGAUUUCUGCUGAAAGACACUGUAGCUGAUUGGGAAACUAUUCUACGAAGGCAUUUAACGUGUGACAAGUUUUAAAGUCCGCAUCACAAUGGGUCCUACACUGGUUAUCCUCUUCUCUUUGUACGGUUUUAUGCAUUGUCAAGAGACCACAGGUCCAGUCACACUGGAUGACUGCUGUAAAGAUGGAAAAGAGAAGGGCACAGACUCCCAGGACUGCACAAGACUCCCUCUCAUUUCAGAAUCCACCACCUGCAGGAUAGCCCAAGAGCAGUGCUGUGUUGCAGUACUGGAGGACAACAUCUGUUCAAAUGGCAUCAAUAUGGCCAAAGACCAGGGCAGUUGUGAUGCCCUUCUGUCUGGAAGCACAUGUGAGACUAAAACUGCUAAGGUGUGCUGUGAGUGCUGUUUGCUUGGAAGGGCCGCUCAAGAGCAGGGCCUCACCUGUGACCUCAACCUCUCAGUCAGCUACCAGUGUGGCCUGGUGUCCCGAGCCUGCUGCAUGGACAAAUCACCAGAGAGUGAUGGAAACUUAGAGAGCAGUGCUGCGGAUGACACACAUUCAGGUGAUCAGUGCAAUGGAAAUAACACCUGUUCCUGCUUUGGGGGAUACAAACUUAAACCAGAUGGAAAAAAUUGUGAAGACAUUAAUGAGUGUUUGCUGGGCUCUCACCACUGUCGUACGGGCGAACGCUGCAUUAACACUCUGGGCUCGUACCGCUGUCAGAGGGAGAUUAGCUGUGGUACAGGCUACGAACUCACGGACAGCAACACCUGCAAAGAUAUUGAUGAGUGUGAAACAGGCACUCAUAACUGUCUGCAGGACUUUGAGUGCCAGAACACUCCGGGCUCCUUCCGCUGUCGGCCCAAGCUACAGUGUCCUGAGGGGUUCAUUCAGGAUGCUCUGGGAAGCUGCAUUGAUAUCAAUGAGUGUCUAAGUGGAACUGGCCCCUGUCCACCUGGCCAGGUGUGUUUUAACACUGUUGGCUCAUACACCUGCCAGAGAAACUCUGUCAACUGUGGCCGUGGUUACCACCUUAAUGCUGAGGGCACGCGAUGUGUGGACAUCGAUGAGUGUGCAGGGCCUGAUAACACAUGUGCUGGGCAUGGCUGCAUAAACCUGGUGGGCACCUACCGCUGUGAGUGCCGAACUGGCUUCAUCUUCAACAGCAUCACCAGGGUCUGUGACGAUAUUAAUGAAUGCCGACAUUAUCCUGGCCGCCUGUGUGCACACAAGUGUGAGAACAUUCUGGGGUCCUACAAGUGCAGCUGCACCACAGGCUUCAAGCUAGCCAGCGAUGGCAGGAACUGUGAUGAUAUCAAUGAGUGCGAGAGUGGCCCCUGUAGUCAAGAAUGUGCAAACGUAUAUGGCUCCUACCAGUGCUACUGUCGCCGUGGCUACCAGCUAAGUGAUGUGGAUGGAAUCACUUGUGAAGAUAUUGACGAGUGUGCACUGCCCACCGGAGGCCACAUCUGUUCUUAUCGCUGCCACAACACACCAGGCAGCUUCCAAUGCAUGUGCCCCAUGAAAGGCUACACCCUUGCACCAAACGGACGCAGCUGCCAGGACGUUGAUGAGUGUGUGACUGGGACACACACUUGCUCAGACACAGAGAGCUGCUUCAAUGUUCAGGGAGGAUUCAGAUGUCUAAAUUUUGACUGUCCACCAAACUACAGGCGUUCAGGAGAAACUCGCUGCGAACGCUUGCCUUGCAAUCAGACUAGCGAGUGCCUGGCCUUGCCUGUGAGAAUAACCUACUACCACCUCACUUUUCCCACCAACAUCCCUGUACCCACCAACAUCUUCCGUAUGGGCCCCUCCAACACUUUGCCCGGGGACAGCCUCCAGGUGGCGAUAGUGGACGGAAACCAGGCAGGAUACUUUGGCACACAGAGCCUAGAGAAUGGAGGUGUGAUGGUGAUUCAGAAGCCCAUCACUGUGCCUCAGGACUUUGACAUCUCACUGGAGAUGGAGCUGUGGCGUGCUGCAACUGUCAGCACCUACCUGUCCAAAAUAAGGGUGUUUGUGACAGAGGAAGACCUUAGCAAAUCUAAUAUCUAAAAGGAAUACUGAUGCUUGGAAAGGUUUUACAUGUAUUUCAGUAAUUUCUGGUUAUCUGGCAAAAAGCACGAUUAAGAAAUUCUCCCGUGACCUAAAAGGGUUAUAUACAAAUGAACUAUUAUUAUUAUUAUUAUUAUUAUUAUUAUUAUUAUUAUUGAUUUGCUUUUAAACAAGUUGCAAUUAGUGGUAGCAUUUUUGUUAAUGAAGGAUAGUCAAUCACACACAUUCUCCUGUGGUGUCAUCAGUUAAGGUCCGAUUAUAACAAAAGCCCCUCAGUGACCAUUACCACGUGUGGCUGAUAAUGCUGUAGAGGGUGCCUCAGAAUAUGGUUCAGUUUUCAGUUUCACUUUAGAUAGUAUGCUUAUUAUUUGCAUUUUAAAACUGCUUUUGAGAAUGUUUCUAGGAGGCACUGAUUUCCUAUGGGAUUUCCAAGAACAUUCACUGGGGUUUUUUGCAUUCUUUUGGAUCAUCAGUGCUGUCUUGCUUCUGUUAACAUGUUUUUUGACUUAGCCGUAGUUUUAGUUUUUUUAAUAUUUACAUAAUUAUGUAAAAAAAAAAAAAAAAAAAAUUCUGAAAGGUUUCUGAAUUUCAAUAGCAGUACCUAUGAAGAAAGCCAAGGGACUCCUCCCUGUGUGGCCAUAUGUGCUGUCAGUCAUUAUUGGCUAGUGUUUGCAGACACUGUUUAAAUUAUAGACAUUACACUGUAAAUUACACUGUCAUUUAGAAUUCUCUAUGGAAAAUAUGUUAGUCAAGGACUAAACUGUUUUCCUUCAUUUUCUCAUGUUCUUGAAUUAUAAUAUGGAGCCACUAGAUGGAGCAUUUGGGGGAGAAUGUAAUUUGUCUGCAUUCAUAUGGAUUUUAGUCUUGUUUCUUGUUGCAUACUCUUUUUUUUUUUUUUUUUUUUUUU